CAUGGGGGAGGUGAGCGCGGAAUGGGAUGGGAACCCAAAGCGGAGGAGGAUGAAGAGGAAAGGACGAAAGCAAGGAAAAGGCGGAGAAAGGAAAGCAGAUGAGAUGAAGCAUAUGGCGAAGACGGCUUUUCAAAAGGGGUGGUUGGAUUGGUUUAGAGUUAUGCACAUUCAAACCAAGGCUGGACAGGUACAAGUAGAAAACUAAGCCUGGUUUUUCAUCUG